AUGAAAAUUUGCUACCUACUUUUGGUAUUGUUUGUUGGGUUCGAUUGGGGACUUGAUGACAGAACUGAUCAGGUUCCAUGUUUUCCUACGUGCACCUUAUCAGAUGAAGGUCGGCGUCUGUGCGAGUCACUGCAGAUAUCGGGACCAUGCGGCAAUCGAAACCAAAGAAAGAGAGAGGACAGAUCUGCCACAUGCAGCUGUGAGUGGUUGGCAAUGCUGAGUCACCCUGAAUAUAACUACGUCCCGGAUAAGUUCGGGUGUCUGCAGUAUUCUCUCCAUACCUGUGAUUCAAGGACACGCUUGUCACGUGACGUGUCCCGGAGUGAAUACACUGUGAGUGAUUUCUUGAGGGAAAUACAAAAUGAAAAUGCCCGGAUUGAAAAACUAACGGAUGAGUCGGAGAAGCGACAUGCAAAACUCAAGUUAUCAAAUACAGUACGAGACAUCGUAUACCUAAUCAGGCAAAUUGAUGCCAACAACAAAGAGAAACAUGAAAAAGACAGCACGGCCAAGGAUACAGAAAGAACCGGAACUACAGAUAAGAUGGAAAACCAAGACCGUAGUUUAACAGGUGGUUGGGAGAAGCCUGCAGGUGCAUCCAAACAGCCUAUGACAAAGACUUCAGCAGUAACAAAGCCAACAGUUCAGAUGUUCCCACUGAAAAACGAAAGGCUGUUCCAUAUCGCCAUGUUCAUAGCCCUGCUUCUUUUAAUUCUGGUCGUCAUUGUUCUCUUUCUUGUGGCUAAGAUGAAAACAGAUCGAGUCGGAGCCAAUUUGGAUUUAGUCGGCGACCUUGAUCUGGAACGCCGACGUCAUCAAAGAACGUCGUGGAGAAUUUUUUUAGACAAACUUCGUCUUCACUACAGGCAAAAAGCCACGGAAAAUUCGAAGAGGGGUCUUUCUAACGGAGACUUGACUUCUCGUCCAAAGAUUGCUAAACCUCCUAUGGCGGUUCCAUCGAAGUCUUCUAUAGGGAAAAAGGAUUCCAAAACAAGUUUGACAAAUAGUGUGGACAAACGGACCGAUAGUUGUACCAUGAUAUCUGGUUUAACGCAUGGAAACACGACCGGAAGUGACGUAGAAAUAGACAAUGAGUUCCGAAUGUUCAGAACAAAUUUCAAGAGAGAUUUUAAGUCUUUAUUAAACGUUAAUAAAGAAAAACAAGAAGAACAUUAA